AUGAGAACUAAACAUCAACCUUGGGUAGAUCUGUUGACUAAAGCUCCACAAAAUUAUCACUUUGCUGUGAGUCCAUUGAGCACUCAUCAUCACCAGGGCCAUCAAGAUUCGGGAUUCGGUUCGCAGGGGCUCGAUUUUUCCAUGGAUAGAAUGUUCGAGUUGCAGAAAAUCGAGUCGAUGAGGAAGAUGAUGUUGAUACAAGAAGAAAUUUUCAAACAGCAGGUUCAGGAGCUUCACCGGCUUUACAAUCUUCAAAAGAAACUAAUGCAAGAUCUCGAAAGGAAUGUACUCAUUAUAAAUCGCAAGGCGAAAUCUUUACAGCCCGACUCGAGCAAUAAUCCCGCAGUCUCCACCAGCUGGCACCAAACACGAGCAGCACCAACAGAGACAGGACACGAAUUCCAAAUUUUAACGGCAAGAAACAAUCCGUGUAAAAUCGAGCUUCAAAAAGCAAUAGUACACGAGGCAAAUGACGUGGAGGUCGAACUAACACUAGGAAUCGGGCAAUGCAAGAAGAAAAGAUGCUCGAAAAAUGUUCAAGAAUCGGGUUCUUGUUCGAGAAGGAACAAUUUAGACGAGUAUUUCUUAGAACCGGGAUUAUCGAUGAACAAUAAUAGCAGCUCGAGUAGCACGGUUUAUCAAGAAAACAAUACGCCGCGGCCACAUUGGCUUAUUCGGGAUUUAAGCUCGAACGGGACAUGA